AUGUUAAAUAGAUUGAAAACAAAAGAGAGAUUGCUUAAGCAUGGAUUACAAGUUAGUGAACUAUGCUGCCUGUGUAAUGAUCAAACUGAAACGGUGCAACACCUAUUUUUUGAAUGUGAUGUGGCUGUGAAAUGGUUGCAAGAUAUAAAACAGUGGCUGUCUUGGAAUGUGGUGUCUUUGAAUCUUGCUACUUUACUCAGGUGGAUUGCAAGGGCAAAGAUUUUGAGAUUCCGCAAGAAGGUAUAUACUGCUGCAAUUGCUGGACUGGUUUAUAGUGUUUGGAAGCUGAGGAACAACAUAACUUGGCAAGGGGAAUCAUUAUCCUCUAACCGGGUUACUGAGGAGACAAAAUGGAAUAUCAAAACCCGUAUUGCUGUGUUCACACCCAAGAAGACUAAAGAAGUAGAUAAACAAUGGUUCAAUGAACUAUAA